AUGCCGUAUGGGGCACGCUUUGCGGGCUCAUGUCAUGGGAUUGUAUGCUUGGUCGCCCAUGGUCAGAAGUUCUACUUGUAUAAUCCGACCACCGAGGAGCUCAAGGAACUGCCAGAACCUAGUCCCGUUCUCAGGACGUACAACUGUUUUUACAGUUUCGUGUACGAUGCUCAAUAUGAUGACUACAAAUUGGUACAAGGUAGUGACCUCAACUACGCAACUCUAAGGAGACGUGACCCGACUAAAGUCGAGAUCUUUUCUCUGAAGAGUGGUCUAUGGAAAACAACCAGGCAGAGAAGUAACUACUCGCAUAUACAUGGCCCGUGCGGGAAGUAUUUGAACGGCUCUAUUUAUUGGAUGUACAACAACCUUAUUAAAUUAGAGCACCGUGGUACACUCCUGCUCGCGUUUAAUGUCGCAACCGGCAAAUUCCAUGAAGUUGCCCUGCCUCUGCCCUGUGACCGCUGGUAUCGUUGGGAGAUAGAAUCAGUGGAUUUGGGUGUCUCAGAGGAGGAUUCCUCGUGGCGCAUCGGACUUAUGCGAACUCGGCCAUUACGGUCUUUGGUGAUUGCAAUAGAAAUAGAUGGGAAGCCCAUUAUAUUCAUCAAUUGGGCGAACAAUUUCAUGAGCAUAUACGACCCUUCCGAGCAUAUCACCACCUUGAAGACCAUUAAGCUUGUUCUUGGGCGUCCUUAUGAUGAUGAGGUUCCUUUUGUUGACAUAAUCCCUUAUAUCAAGGCUCAUAUUUCACCUCGUCUUUGA